GAUUUUAACUAUGCCGUCCGUUGCAAACAAAAACUUUCCAUAUCAUGUCCGAACAACACAAAUAGGUAUUAUGGAGCUUACCGGUCGACAUGGUACCAGCACUAUGGAACAAUUUGGUCAUCAUAUGUACGAACCAACCGCCACGAUUAGAGAACAGACCGUUAUUAUUCCUCUCACACGUAGGACGGAGGAAUACUUUGAGACGAUGCAACAUCAGCAGGAAAGAAGAAACGUUGAAGAACUUCAGAAUGAUGACUUAAUGGAAAAUGAAAAGAAUAAGACGAUUGAGAAUGUGCUGCGGUGGUCAUUGGCGAGGAAUGUCCCAAUAUUAAAUCUAUCAACAGCCUCUGAUAAUUCCCAAAGUGAUAAUACUAAUGCAUUAAGCAGAAAUGCAUCUUUUAGAGAAAUUCAAACUCCAAAGAAUUGCUCAGAACAUAAUGAAGAACAUAUAAAGGACGUACCUAUUGAACUUUUCACAGUGAGCAAGAUGGUAAUUACUACUAGUAACGUAGAUAAGUGUAUUGUAGUUCCAAGAGAAUAAAACGUAAAUUAUA